AUGAUAUCUUCGUUCCCGUCGUACGACGAAGAGCUUUUCAACAGCGCCUAUGCGAACAUUAGUUUAAUAGCGGACAAAGCGUGGAGCUUCGACAAAGAGGAUCCUUUUCAAAAAUUCAAUCGAUCUUUGUGGAUCGAGUAUCGUAAGGUGGCCGCAAAGUACAAAGAAAAUGUCAACCGCCGAGCGAAACGCGUUCGCGACGUUAUCCCGGAGUCUCGUUUGGCCAGCUACGGCAAUUACGAGUACGACGAGGAACGCGAAAACCUCUACAAAUCCUCUACGGAUGACGACGCAACCUCUGCUCCUUUACCGAAUUUCUGCUGGACGGAAGUUACCGAGUCGUGGAUGCUUCCCGACGUCCAAAAAUACUUCGAAUCGAACGUUGGCAAGGAGCAUUACCCGCAUCGACGUUACACCAUUGAAAAUUGUAUGGAGAUGCAGCUACACGUUCGCGUAACCAGCGAAGCGAUUCGAAACCUAUGGAAAUUUCCCGGCAACGGGCAACAGCACUGUUCUCGGCUACAACAAGCCCGCGAACAAAAUUCUCGCGGCAAAGAACGUCCGCAACAAUUCUGUUACGCGUUUCGGUACAGACCUUUGGUACUGAGAACGGAGUACCAAACCGCGCAUCCGGAGAGUCAAUUUUCCGAUUACGGGACGAUCAGAAAACACCUACCGGCUGUUCUCAGUCCCGAAGUGGCCGAAUUCUUUCCGAAAGUGGCUACGAUGCGAUUCGACGACAACAGGGAACAGAAUGCUAACCGAGUGCAGUAUUUUCCGUCCCUCGACGAAACGACUUAUCAGAACGAGUUAUUCCCGUACAACAGAACUCGCGAGAACGUCGGAACCGCGUUUCACCAGAAUACGGGAGUACCUUUAGUAGCAGCUACGGACACGACUAUGUUUAUCGGACAUCCCCAUCAAUGGUAUCAAAGAAUACCAGCCCCUGUACAGAUACAGAGCUCUACUGGCUCGUCUCUGUCGUGUAGCUCGAUACAACCGUUGCGAGCCACCAGCGUCGCUCGUUAUCCCUAUAUUAUUCCACAGAUUCGAGAGAAGUUCCUGCAACCGAAGCCUGUAUCGAUACCGGUAUACCAACACCCUGUGGAAUUGUAUCGGGAUACGGGACAGAAGAGAAAGAACCAUGGAGUCGAUUUCAAAAAUCUGAUACUCUUAACGAAGAACGCUAUGAAAGCUCAUCGUGGCCAAUCGAAAGAACCGCACCAAAAGCCGACUUACAUCCUCGAGACGAGGAAUCGUGCUUCGAAAACCGAGUCGGAAGUAUUUCGAUGGUUAGUUCAAAAUUGUCGCGGUAAGCGAAACGAAAUGAUCGACGAAAGUAAUUGUGAACGAAGGAACGUCGAUGGGAAAGCCGAUAGAAAAGCAUCCGGUAGCAGGAGAGAGAAGGACGAGACGGAGAAUAAGGAACGUCCGAAGACGGAAAGAUCGUCUAACGAGAAGAAGGAUCAAAGCGAAAUUCGAAACAGAAGAAGACUUUACAGAGACGUGUUGACGAACGCGUCGGUGAAUCAAGCCAUGUUCGAGAACGUAUUCGAGAAGAGGUACGACGAAUUAGAGAAACAAGCGAUGGAACAAUACAGAUCCUCGGAAGAAUCUCUAGCGCUGAAAUAUCAAGAACUGGAACGUCAAGCAUUGGAACAGUACAAAUGUUGCGAAAACCUGCAGGAGGAUUACUCGAUGGAUAGCGAACGAUUCGACGGUGAUUCGACGACCUCGAGGAACCUCGAAAAUACCAACUGCUUCGAUGGACAAAACUGUUCUGGUUUUCGAAGGUGUAGUCCUCUGAACGCUCGCGAACUGGAACGUCAAGCAUUGGAACAGUACAAAUGUUGCGAAAACCUGCAGGAGGAUUACUCGAUGGAUAGCGAACGAUUCGACGGUGAUUCGACGACCUCGAGGAACCUCGAAAAUACCAACUGCUUCGAUGGACAAAACUGUUCUGGUUUUCGAAGGUGUAGUCCUCUGAACGCUCGCCUCGGCUCUCUGGCUUUUGGACAACGUAAAACCUGA